UCUCUCUAGGCUCUAACAAAGCAACAACCACUUUGUUGGGAGACUAGUUCUCAAAGACCCAUCACUGAAGCCAACGCCACAACCCCAGAUCGCCGGACUCCGUCAUGGAACACCGGCCAAGUGUUAAAUUCAGGCCGGCACCGGCGGGGUUUCCGGGGUGAAUGCAAAGGAAAAGGAAAAAAGCUGUCAUAGCCUUGGAAAAUGAAGAAACAGAAAUAGAAGCCGAAAACAGUACUGCGUUUUUUUUUUAUCUUCUUCUUUUUGUGUUCCAAUGGCGGCUACCAACACCACGCCACCCAUUGACUCAUCUUCUGCUGAAGAACUCACAGCGAAGGCUGUGCACAAGAGGUACGAAGGGUUGGUGAUGGUUCGAACCAAGGCCAUAAAGGGAAAGGGAGCUUGGUACUGGGCUCACCUAGAGCCCUUGUUGGUGCACAACAAUGAUACUGGUUUGCCCAAAGCCGUGAAGCUCAGGUGCUCGCUCUGCGAAGCCGUUUUCUCCGCGUCGAACCCGUCUCGGACGGCUUCGGAGCAUCUCAAGAGAGGAACGUGUCCCAAUUUCAAUUCUGUGCCCAAACCCAUUUCCUCAAUAUCACCUUCUUCCAUGGCUUCGCCUUCUUCUUCGGUGCAACACAACCACCGUAAGCGUAGUAGCUCCUCCAGUGGUGGCGGUGGCGGUGGCGUGGGUGGGGGUGGUUCUUCUGCUUCGUACCAAGUUUCACCACUGGCGAUGGUCGAUCCGUCGCGAUUCUGCGGUGAGCUGGCAUACUCGCCGGCGGUGUCGACUACUGUUGUGACUGCCAGUACUGGGUCUUUGUUGCCUCAGCAGCAUUUGAUGUUAUCAGGUGGAAAAGAGGACCUGGGAGCUUUAGCCAUGUUGGAAGAUAGUGUGAAGAAGCUCAAGAGUCCCAAAACUUCACCUGGCCCAGCUUUGAGCAAAACCCAGAUUGAUUCUGCUUUUGAUUUUCUUGCUGAUUGGCUCUAUGAGUCUUGUGGGUCUGUCUCUUUCUCAAGCCUCGACCACCCGAAAUUUCGGGCGUUUCUCAAUCAAGUCGGAUUGCCGGCGAUUUCUCGGAGGGAGUUCGCUGGUCCUAGAUUGGAUGCCAAGUUCGAAGAAGCCAAGGCUGAGUCAGAAGCUAGAAUUCGAGACGCCAUGUUCUUUCAAAUUGCCUCUGAUGGUUGGCAACCAAAGCAUCAUGGGUUUCUGGGUGCAGAAAACUUGGUGAAUUUAACUGUGAAUCUCCCAAAUGGGACUAGUGUUUUCAGGAGGGCAGUGUUUGUUAGUGGGAAUGUUCCUCCCAAGUAUGCGGAGGAGGUUUUGUGGGAGACAAUUACAGGCAUUUGCGGGAAUGCUGUGCAGCAAUGUGUAGGGGUAGUUGCAGACAAGUUUAAGGCCAAGGCAUUGAAGAAUUUAGAGAAUCAGAAUCAUUGGAUGGUUAAUCUUUCUUGCCAGUAUCAAGGGUUCAAUAGUUUGAUUAAGGAUUUUAGCAAAGAGCUUCCUUUAUUUCAGAAAGUCACUGAGAAUUGUUUGAAGGUUGCAAAUUUUGUUAAUAACCACUCUCAAGUUCGUAACAUCUUUCAGAAGUAUCAGUUGCAGGAGUACAGGCAUGUUGAAUUACUAAGAGUACCAGUUCGAGAGCAUGAGAAAUUGAACUUUGAACCUGUGUACACAAUGCUGGAGGAUAUAUUGAAUUCAGCUCGAGCACUACAGUUGGUUCUUUUAGAUGAAUCAUAUAAGAUAGUAUCAGUAGAGGACCCAAUUGCCAGAGAAUUUGCAGAGAUGGGAAGAGAUAUGAGGUUUUGGAGUGAAUUGGAAGCGGUGCAUUCACUGGUUAAAUUGAUCAAGGAAAUGGCUCAGGAAAUUGAGACAGAAAGGCCACUAGUUGGGCAAUGCCUCCCACUUUGGAAUGAGCUUAGAGCAAAGGUGAAGGACUGGUGUUCCAAGUUCCACAUUGAUGAAGCGCCUGUGGAGAAGGUGAUUGACAGGCGGUUCAAAAAGAACUAUCACCCAGCUUGGGCCGCUGCCUUUAUACUUGAUCCACUUUAUUUGAUUAGGGACACUAGUGGGAAGUACCUUCCGCCAUUCAAAUGUUUGACACCCGAUCAGGAGAAAGAUGUGGACAAGCUCAUAACUCGGCUUGUAUCGAGGGAGGAGGCUCAUAUUGCGCUAAUGGAGCUCAUGAAAUGGAGAACGGAUGGGCUCGAACCAGUCUACGCGCAGGCUGUUCAGUUGAAGGAGAGGGACCCCAUUACCGGAAAAAUGAAAACUGCAAACCCUCAGAGCAGCAGGCUUGUGUGGGAAACUUACCUCACGGAGUUCAAGUCACUAGCAAAAGUUGCAGUUAGGCUUAUCUUCCUUCAUGCAACCUCAUGUGGAUUUAAGUGCAAUUUGUCUUUCUUGAGAUGGGUUUGCGCCAAUGGGCACUCAAGGGCAGGCAUGUACAGGGCUCAGAAGAUGAUAUUCAUUGCAGCCCAUUCCAAGCUUGAAAGGCGGGAUUUUUCCAAUGAUGAAGAUAAGGAUGCAGAGCUCUUGGCCUCCACAAAUGGUGAGGAUGAUGUGCUAAAUGAAGUUUUUGUUGAUUCAUCCUCAGUAAACAAUGGACAAAAAUAUUGUUGGACUGGAGAUGCCGCCAUAAGAUGCGUGAUUGUUAAUGGAGAUGGUUGUAGCAUGAUUAAAGAGGAACUUAUAGAAGGGAUCCAAGGGAGGACUUGAUUUGAAAAUUUUUGCCUUGGAGGCGUCUUUUUGUAAGAGGCCAGAGGUUGCUGGAACUGGUUGGGUGGAUGGCAAGCCAGGUUUAGCUAUGUGGGUCAACAACCUCGGAGGGGCCUGAGGGCAAAUCUUUCUAGCUGGAGGAGCACUUCUCACUGUUUUCAUCUCAUCCACAUCUUCUGGUUUUUGUGCCUUUGAGAGAGUGGAGCCCCACCAUGAAGGAAGUGGAAGUCUUUUUCUUGGCUGUGGUCGUCAUGGAGAGAGAGAUCAGGGUCCUUCCAUCAAAUCAUCUUUGGGUAACUUCUCUUUUAAACAUUCCAAAGCUCGUGACGUCCAUGCAGAGUCAUUGGGUGAUGCUCCCCCAUGAUUGUGAGAAAGGUCCUGAGAGGACCCCAAAGCAAAGGAGGCCUGUCGGCAUGAAACAACACAGAAGAUGCUUGAUAGUGAUUAUGCAACCAAUUUCAACUAAUUUUUCUGCUUCCGUGUAUCUCUGAGACUUGAAAUAUCUAUAUAGCUUCCUUAGCAGGAAUUGCUGCAUUGUUGGUGGAGGUGGUGCUUUUAUCCACAUUUCCUCCUUUUCUAUCUCCGAUCCUCAAUCAUGUUUUUACAAUUUCCUUAAAGCACUAUCAAGAUUACUGGUACUGGGUUGGUGUCUACUUAUCUCUAAAGAAUCUUUACAGGUGUAUUUGCCGGAAUACAAAUAAUUUCCCUUUGGUGCUUGCUACA